CAAAGGCCCUGUGGCACCAGGGCCCCGAGGCUGGCCAUUCGGGCUGGUGGGUUCAGCUUCAGGGGCAGAGCCAGCCCAGGGCAGUGUUGCUGCACAUUGCAUGGGAUGAAGAGCUGAAAGCUGCUUCCUCUUGCAAGCUGGCUUCUGAGAUUGCACCUUCUUCUCCUGCUCCUCUUUCAACUCUAUGACCCUCCAAGGCAAAGUCGACCCGCCCGGGAACCAAGACAAUGCAGCAAGCAGCACAGCCACAGCCGCCACCCAAUGGGCAGAGUUCCUGCCAGCCCCAGCUCGUCCCCGAUCUCCCAGACAAAGCGGGGACAUUGUAUCCACAGCCCCAGCAUGAGCUGCCUGCAUCCAGAGAGACCCUUCUGCCACAGCCGGACAAGGACAAGACGGUGCCUCGCUGCAUCCCACGCCUCCGGGCCGUGGUGGAGAGCCAGGCCUUCAAGAACGUCCUGGUGGACGAGAUGGACAUGAUGCUGUCCCGCGCAGCCACCCUCAUCCAAGCCAACUGGAGGGGCUACCGGCUCCGGCAGAAGCUGGUCUCCCAGAUGACGGCCGCGAAGGCCAUCCAGGAGGCCUGGCGGCGCUUCAGCACCAGGCGCCUCCUCCGCUCGGGCAAGGCAGUGGAGAGAAAAGUGAACGUGGAGGAGGGGGACAUCCCUUACCACCCCCCGCAGCAGGUGCGCUUCCAGCACCCGAAGGAGGGCAGGUCCCUUCUGACCCAGCCCGUCAUGGUGAGCAGGGAGACCCAGUUCCCCUCCUCUGACAGCCUGGCUGCCUGCGCCCCCCAGCUGGCCCUGUCACAGCCCCAGGGUGCUCCACAGCCCAGCACACAAGCUCCUUGUGCUGUUGGUGGCCCGGGCGUCACCUUCCUGCCACACCAAACUAUCACCAUCAGACUGCCGUGUCCAGUGAGUCUAGACGCGAAGCGCCAGCCAUGCCUGGUGACGAGAGCUGCCAGAAGUGCCUGCCUUGUCCACCAUGUAGAAGGGGAUGUGAUGAAGACCAAGCAAGUAACUUCCAGAGCCAGUAAGGCAGGAGCCUCAGGGCCACCACCAUCUGGAAGGUAUGCCCAGGCAGUUCACGGACCGCUCAAGACCCAGACCCAGACCCACGUGGAAACAGAGGUCCUCAAAGCCCCACCCCAGGCAGGCCCACCACCUGUGAUAACCAAGACCCCACCCCUGACAUCUCCAGCGGCCACAAUGACCAAGACCCCACCCCUGACAUAUCCAGCGGCCACGAUGACCAAGACCCCACCCCAGACGUAUCCAGCGGCCACGAUGACCAAGACCCCACCCCAGACAUAUCCAGUGGCCAUGAUGACCAAGACCCCACCCCAGCCGUGCCCAGUGCCCACGGUAACAAUAACCAAGACCCCACCCCAGAUGUACCUGGCAGCCCCGGGGAUCAAGACCCCAGCCCAGGCAAGCCUGGCAGCCCCGAUGACCAAGACUCCACCGCAGACGAGCCCAGCAGCCACGAUGACCAAGACGCCACUCCACUCGUGCCUAGCGGCCAUGAUUAACAAGACUCUACUCCAGAUGUACCCAGCAGCCAUGAUGACCAAGAUCCCACCCCAGCCUUGCCCAGCUGCUCCGAUGACCAAGACUCCAGUCCAGAUGAGACCAACAGCCUCGAUGACCAACACUUCACCCCAGACACGCCUGGUGGCCAUGAUGACCAAGACCCAGCCCCAGAUGUGCCCCAUGGCCUCGAUGAUCAAGCCCCCAACCCAGACACGACCAGCGGCCAUGAUGACCAAGACCCCACCCCAGAUGUGCCCCAUGGCCACGGUGACCAAGACCCCACUGCAGAUGUGUCCAGCGAUGGCCAAGACCCCAUCUCAGACGCACCCGGGAGCCUCAGUGACCAAGAUCCCUCCCCAGACGCGCCUGACAGCCAUGAUAACCAAGACCCCAGCCCAGUUACGCUCGGUGGCCGCCAUCCUCAGGACCCUGUGCCUGCCCCCUCCAGCAGCCAGCAAUCUGAAGGCUCCACCUCCUACAGCGGUGACAGCUGCGAUUCCCAACACCUCGUCCCACACGUCUUUAAAUGGACCAAAGGCCAAGGCUGUGGUGGAUGCAAGGCAGGCAGCGGGGAUGGUCAAGGUCUCGUCCCACUCGUACUUGACUGAGGGAAAGGUGAAGUACUUCCCCCCGCCACACCUGGGGGCUGGCGCUCCUGAGGCUUCUGCCGGGCCUCCUCUGGAAGGUGAGCUGAUUAAGCCCUUCCCCCAGAGACAAGCGAAAAUGGAAACAGUAUCUAACACAUGUGUGACCGUGGAAAUGCCCAGGGCUUCCUCCUGGGCAAAAGUGGCUGAGGAUGGGAGCACGGCACAUCUGAGGAUGGAUGUCAGGAAGGUCCAGUCCCAGGUGUAUGGGCCUGUAGAAACGGCGGUGGACCUGCCCCCGCCACAGCUGGGCACACGUCCAGCCAAGGCCCUGGCCCAGCCACAGCUGGCCACACGUUCAACCACAACCUCAUGUCAGGCAUAUCUGCCUGCCAAGCUGACCAAGACCCAGUCCCUGGCACACCUGGACGCACAUCUAACCAAGGCGCAGUCCCAGGCACAUCUGGCCGCAGGAGCAAUAAAGGUCCAGUCCCAAGUGCAUCUGCCCGCCGCGCUGACCAAGGCCCAGUCCCAGGCCCAGCUGGUCUCGGAAACAGCCAAAUGCCUCUACACAGCCCACCAGGCUGCUGAGCUCAGCAGCAAGACCCAGUCCCAGCCAUUCCUGGCCGGGUUCAAGGCCUCCUCCCAGCCCUGCCAGCAUGUUGGCACCCUUGGCACUCGGCUCCGAGCCAAGCGGGAGGACAGACUAGCCCAGUUCCCGCCCCACAGCUACGCACAGGGCAAGGCCACCCAGGGCCCACACCAGGGAGCCUCCGAGACCCAGAGCUUGCCAGUGCCUCUGCUGGUGUCCGCCGGACACUCCACGUGCAACGUUGAAUCCUGGGGUGACAGCGGGGCCGCCUGGGCCCAGCCGUCAACAGCCAGCCCGGCUGUGCCCUGCCAGGAGGAGCUGGCAGCUGCCCAGCUUGCCUCGCUGUGUGCUGAGCUGGUGGCCCUGCUGGGAUCCCGGGAAGACCUCCGUGCCCUGCUGGCAAAAGCCCUCUCCCAGGGGGAAGCAAGGGCAGCCCUGAAUCAGGCCCUGUCCAGCGAAGUCCUGGGCACCACGAUGGCCAAGGCCCUGUCCCCAGGCAUGCUGGGCACGGCACUGGUGAAGGUGCUGUCCUGGGGCAAGUUGGACAUCGCGCUGUCCCGCACCCUGUCUUGGGGCGAACUGCAGGCAAAACUCACUAAGGCCACACAGGGCAAACUGGCGGAUGCGCUCAGCAAGGCCCUGACGGAGGAGGAGCAAGCCACCCUGAGCCAAGCCCUGUGUCAGGGUGAGCUGGGCGCCGUCCUGAGCCAGUCUGUGUCUCAGGCGGCCCUGAGGACUGGAGUCAUCCUCCCCAAGGCCACCACAAAAACGGCGAGAAGCGGGCUGGCUGUGAUGCCCACCCCGGUGGAGGUGGACCAGAUGGGGAGCCCGGCAGCCGCGUGUGGGCCCACCUUGGGCCCCAGGAGACCACAGCCCAACAAGGGCCCCACGGACGCUGGCGUGGCUGGUGGCCAAGCAUGGAACUCUGCUGUCCCCACUGUAGCAGUCGGGCCCACAAAAAGCACCACGGCCCCUGGUGGCGCAUGGGAGCUGGCCAGGGCCGCCGUGCCGUGGGACGCCACGGGCGGCCGGGUGGCAGCGGACCCCAGACGGUCGGGGGAGCUGGUGGUGUCGAUGCAGGACGUGGAGAAGAUAAUCAUCCAGGCCGUGGUCACGAUCCAGGCGUGCGUGCGCGGCUACCUGGUGCGCCGUACCGUCAAGGUGUGGCACCAGUGGGCCAUCAUCAUCCAGGCCGCCUGGCGUGGCUACCGUGUGCGGCGUGAGCUGGCCCGGAUCUCCAGAGCGGCCACCGUCAUCCAGGCCAUGUGGCGAGGCUUCUGCACCCGCCGGAGCCGCGCCCAGCCAACGCUGCAACCGGGUACGUGGGCCGAGAUGGGCAGUGGGGCCAGGACCAUGUCUGACCACCGCUGUUUCCAGUCCUGCCAGCCUCACGUCUGCGCCCUCUGCCAGUCACUGAGCCCGGGACUGGGGAGCCCACCCAGCGUGGUGAUGCUCGUGGGUUCCAGCCCCCGCACCUGUCACAUGUGCGGCCAAACCUUGCCCACACGGGUGGUGCACGGCACGGGCCAGGGCUCCUCAGGCCAGGCAGGCGUGCCGUGGGGCUGUGGCGCGCAGCUGACCUCCCAGAGCCUCCAGCGGUCCCACCUCCAGAACAAGGCGGCCACGACCAUCCAGUCCGCCUGGAGGGGCUUCCUUAUCCGCCGCCGGCUGAGGCAGCAGCAGGGAGCAGCGAAGAUGCUUCAAGCCACCUGGCGCGGCCACCACGCCCGGUCUUACCUCACCACAGACGCACUCCUGGGGCCAGCGGCCUGGGAUGACCCGCAGCACAUGCAGUGGCCAGGCGUCUAGGACCGUGGCUGCCCGGUGCGGGGACCUCCGGGAGGGGCCGUGUGGCUCUCUGGAUCUAAUGAAUAAAGCCCUGCGCAGCCUGGG